AUGUCAACAGAAACCCAUCUCGAACCGCAAGGCAACGACUUCACUCUAAUAAAAGACAACACCCCAUCCAAGAUCUACGCGCAAUUCGCGUCCCUACGAUCCCAAUGCCCCGUCGCACACACAACCGAGAACGGCGGCUUCUACCUCCUCACCCGCUACGAGGACGUCAAAACCGCAGCAUCAGAUACAGAGACAUUCAUCUCCUCCGUCAAGGCCGUCAUCCCCAGUGAUCCCCGCGGUAUUCGACGGCCACCGCUUAACACCGAUCCGCCGGCGCACACGCCAUACCGAACUGCAUUAGAUCGCACGCUGCGCCCGAAACGGCUGAAACGGCUUGAGCCGGUCUUGAAAGAGCAUGCGGAGCGCGAGUUUGCCAAACUCGUGGCAAGGGGCGGCGGGGAUAUCUGCGGGGAGUUCAGCGCAAUGUUUGCCGCGUGGGUUGAGACCGCGUGGCUGAAUCUGGAAGAUGAGACGGCGCCUCUACUAGCGGGCACUGCGGCGGCUUGGGUGAAUGCGUGGCGACGACAGGAUCCGAAGGAGACCUCUGCGCAGUCGGAGAAGUUGUAUGGCAUUGCGCGGAGGCUGUUCGCUGAUAGACGGGUUCAUCCGAGGGAUCCGGAGCAGGAUCCGGCGAGUUCGUUGUUGUUGGAAAAGGAUGGCUCUGGGAUGGCGUUGGAUGAUGAGCUUUUGAUUGGUGCAUUGCGGCAAUCACUCGUCGUCGGGAUGGUUGCGCCUCCUCUUCUCUUUGGGGCUAUAUGCAACCAUCUCUCAAAGGAUAAGGCCUUACAGGCUGAGUUACGAGGAAAUCCAUCCCUCAUCCCCGCUGCAGUGGAAGAGUUCGUUCGGCUCUACGUACCAUAUCGCGGCUUCUGUCGGACGCCAUCCAGGGAUAUACAGCUCCACGGGCGAACGAUCCCGGCGAAAACACCAAUAACAAUGACAUAUGCGGCGGCCAAUCGGGAUCCUGAGGCCUUUACUGACCCUGAUGAAUUUAUUCUCAAUCGGCCGAAUAUUACCUCCCAUUUAGGCUUUGGGCGGGGAAGGCAUCGAUGUGCUGGGAUGCCGCUGGCACGGAUGGCACUGCAAAUUGGUCUUGCUGUGAUUUUGCGGAAUUCGGCGGACUUUGAAGUAAAUGGACCGCUUGAGUAUGCUGGGAUGCCGGAGAUGGGGAUUACCAGUUGUCCGCUGCGUAUUGUUCCGAGGGAUGAAAUUCCCAGGUGA